AUGAAGUUCUCCAUCGCUACCAUCGCCGCCCUGGCCACUGCUGUCACUGCCCAGCAGGGAUACCAGCAAGGUUACCAGCAGGGCUACCAGCAGCCUCAGCAGUACCAGGGUGGUCAAGGCUACCAACAGCCUCAGCAGUAUCAGCCCCAGCAAUACAUCCCGCAGCAGAACAAGUACUCCCCUGCUGAGGCUCAGGCCUUCCACUCUUGCAUCGAUCACAUGCUUGAUCAGUUCAACCUCGAAAACUCGGGCAGUUCGGUUUCUUGCUCCACUUUCAAGUGCCUCGACCAGACCGCAAACCAAUACAGCCGGGGUGGCGUUCUCGCCGGUCUUGGAAACGUCGUCAGCUUGGCCUGCGGCUUUGGUGGAAUCAUUCCUAAAUUCCUCUAA